UUCCCCCGCCCCCCCCGAGCCCUCUCGGACCCCUCCCGGGACCCCCCAACUCCGCCUAAGACCCCCCCGGGGCUGGGUACAGCCGCAGCAGCUCGCUCCGCGCCGCCAUCUUGCCUCCGUGCCGUCACUUCCGGCUGGCAGGCGACGCUCUGGGCUCUCCUCUCGCUGGUCAAAGCCGCUCUAGGCCUGCGAGCUCCUCCAGGCGCCACUGCGAGCGGCUCUGGGCCAAAGCAAUGACUGUGCUCAGCUGCAGGGGUGGAUUUGCCUGCACUCAAGCUGCUGCUGCCAGAGCCCCUCCGUGUCAAUCUGUGCUGCCGUUGGGUUCUGCAGCUCUCUCCAGCAAGCAUGGCAUGAGCUGAAGGAGCAGCAGGAGCAGCAUGGCCGUUCCCCAGGCAGCAGGAGGGUUCAGCCCAGCACCAGCUCAUGCGGGAGGAGCAGAUGCUGAGGAACAUCCCCCACGAGACGCAGGUGGCCAAAGAGGCUGGGUCAGGUGCCAAAAAGGAGAGCUUCUUCACCUGCUUCUCCUGUGCAAGCUCUUCUGUCUGUCUGCUGAGAUGUUUCUGCCUGUUUCUCUGGCAGAGAAGUGUUUGCUUUUUGGGCUGGCGAGCUGACCAUCCGUACUACCGUCGCCUUGAAUGCCUCCAACCAGCAGUGUUUGCUGCCAGACAGACACCUGGAGAAGACAGAGGACAUGCUGCGGUGGCUCCGAUUGUUACGCCGUGUGAUUUAUCUUCCUGUCCUGGCUGUCUUCCCGUGCUGGGUGCUGGCAGUGAAUACGUGGUGAGGAGUGCUUGGGGUGUGCCAUCCUUUGCUGUUCUCACUGUGGGAACUCCAAGAGCCAUGGAAUGGGCACAGGCUGGUGAUGGACUUCUGCAACGAAGCAAGAGAGUCAUCUAUGAGGCCAAGGCUGCUGUAAUGGUAGAGUUCAUUGCUUAUUCAGUGAGGUGAUGCUCUUGUCAGUCAAGAAGGACUUAGUUGCAGAGGCUUUAGAAAUGCUUUGAUGUAAGCUUGUUGCUAUGCUGUGCCUAGUGUAUCUAUUGUCACUAUUUAGAACUAGGCUUAAACCAAAUGAACUUCUGGAUUAAAACAGCCAAUCAUGUCUGCCACA